UUCAACGUCGUGCUGCUGCAGUCUGUCGCGAGCAUUGUGUUCAAUACGCCAUUCAGUAUUUGUCAAAUAUCAAACGUGUUAGGUUGUGUUKUUGUAUUGCAGUGCCGCCGUUGUUUUGUUGUAUAUAAAAAUAUAGAGAUGUGGAAGCCCAGUAGUGAUACCCCASCAAACUCGUUCCUUCUUAGUUCGGUGGAAAAAACAAUAGGGUCCAACAAAACCCUGGUCCACGUUUCAAGAUUGGUCGUCAACAUUUGGCAGUGCUAUGAUGCUCAACAUCUUAUCGAUGUAACAUUCAAAUUGUCCAAUCCAACACUUUUAGUUCCUGCACACCGCUUGAUAUUGACAGCGGCAAGUCCGUACUUUAGAAAUCUCUUCUUAGAUGAGGAAAACAGUAAACCCGUUAUCGAGAUAGACGAUAUUGAUAGUGACACCUUUGAGCGGCUGGUAGCAUAUUGCUAUACGGGCUCAUCACUAAUAACCGAGGACAAUGCGGAAAGGAUACUGAAAGGUGCAAUGAUAAUGCAGUUGGAUGAUGUGGUUGAGCUUUGUGUUGAUUUCCUUUUGGAGAACGUAUCCAUAUUUACAAUAAAGCGGUUAUAUGAGUUAGAGCAUGAAACUGAGUGUGUUCGGCUAGCGAAAAGAAUACAGGAAUACGAAAUAAAUMAUUUCUAUAAGAUAAGUCGAGAGGACUUUUUUUUAAGGUUCAGCGCAAAAAGAUUGAAAGCGCUUGUGGAAAGUGAUAAUUUGAAUGUGAACAGUGAGGAGGAUGCCCUUGACGCAGUUGAGCGUUGGUUUAACCACAAUGUUUCUGAUCGCAGAAGCUCGCUGCCAGAGUUGAUGUCUUGCUUACGUCUUACCAACUUCGAURUAACCCUUUUGAUGACACGAGUUAAACCGUUGCCUGGUUGCGAGACAUUGGCCUAUAAAGCUAUGUCGUGGAUAUGUGAACCUUUGUCGCGUACAAUGAUAUAUUUAAAAUACAUUGAACCCCGCAAAGGACUGAGUGGUAAUUGGAGAACAAAAGCGUUGAUGGCCAUACAAACGGAGUGCGAGGACUCAAAUCACGGUUGCAUAUAUCGCUUYAACAAAAGAAAAGAUACCUGGGUGCAAUGGGAUAAAAUCACAAUAAACCCUAUGAGUUUCGAAACAAUUCUUGUGGAGAAUGAUUUAUAUUUCAUUGGAGGCAAAAUAGACCACGAAGCGAUAAAGGACGUAAAUAGAUGGAAUUUGAAAACGAAAACAUGGAAACGUUUGCCCGACAUGCAKAAAGCCCGAUACUGGUCCAGUGUUGCAGAAUUGGAUGAGAAGAUCUAUGUGAUGGGUGGACUGGCGAAUCUGGUCAAAGUCUCACAAUCGGUAGAAGUUUAUACGAAAACAUGCGGUUGGAAGGAAGUAUGUGGACUGAUUACGCCACGUUACGGCGCCCGUGCGGUGACUUUAAAUGGCAAAAUUUACUUAAUUGGUGGCCACUGCGAAGGUGAUCUAAAAGCUGUUGAAAGCUAUGAUCCCAAUACGGAUAAAUGGACCGCAUGCGCACCUUUACUUAGAGAGCACUAUUUGCCUGGUGUGGCUGUAUACAAUCGACACAUUUAUGUAAUAGGUGGUUGGACCAAAACCCAAAAUAUGUUCGUAGAACGCUACGAUGUUCAGACCGACAAAUGGACUAAGGUUUGCUCUUUGACGAAUGGCCGGUGGGGCUUGGGUUGCAUUUUUAUAGACCAACAACUUUGGGCCGUUGGCGGCGGUUCCAAAACGUCUUACACAAAUAACGUGUCAGUUUACGAUACGAAAAAGGAUGAAUGGUCUGAGGCUAAAGCACUGCCUAAGGCUGGAAUAUAUUACAGUUUUACAGUUUCAACCACUUUUUUGGCGGAAGCGGCAAAAGUACAGGAAGUAAGAGAAGUAAACGAAAAAGAAAAAAUCAUGGAAAAGGAAUUAACGAAUUUAAAAGAACUAUAGAAAAAUAAAGAAAUGACGGAAAUGGAAGAAAUAGCAGAAUUGAGAAAAAUUAGAGAAAUAAUAAGACAAAGCAAUGAAGAAAAAGAAAGAAGUGAAGAAAGUUAAGGAAAUCCAAAUAAAUUAGCCCAAAAGGAAGAAGACGAUGAGUUGAAAUAAUUAACUAUUAUAUCUAAGCUGCCAAAUGUGGAACUUUAUUUAUUACAUAGAACAAAUUUGCUUUAAUAAUAAAUUAAUAAACUGAAAAAUUAUA